UCUUCCAACGCCACCGAAGCCUCCCUCGCCUCCACUCUCUUCACCUCCCUCCCUUCAAGUCCUUCACCAUCUUUGUCCUCGAAGUCUCCUCCGCCUCUUUCCCGAACGACUCUCAUAGCUCCAACCAGUUCUACCAACGCAUAGUCAAGACCCUCAAUCUCGACCUCUCGAUUGACGACCCAAAGAGCCAUAUUUUUUUAUCCAACGGCGGCGACGCCACUAUCGCCGGGUUCGCGUUGUUUAUCCUGAACUAUUCUACUUUUCUCACCAUUUCUAUGAAAAUCUUUGACUUGACAAACCAUGAAAAUGGGUCGGGAUCAAUAAUCCAUGUAUUUAUGUUGCAGUUCUGAAAAUAUAAAAACCUUAUUUGAUAAUGGCGUAUAGUUCAUGUACUACUGUUUGAAAAAUUUUCCCAUACCCAAAUUUUCAUGAAUCAUUCAUGGAAAACCAAAGAUUAAAUACGAAUUAGAUUGAAGCAGAUCCGAUAAGACUAAGCCCUAACCUCUCCUAACAUAGUAGUAUAGCGGUGUUGAGGCCGCGAUUGUGUUUGCUAUGUUGGAAUAUGGGGCUCCUUGCGGUUGCUUGGAUUUGUCAAUCAUGUUGAUAUGGCUACUAUGGCUAAUUGGAUAUGUUGAUAUGGUUGCUUAGAUAUGUUCUAAAUUGUUGAUAUAGUUGCUUAGAUUUUUUAUAAUAGCCUAAAAAAAGUAGCAAAAAAUGAAGAGAAGUAGAAGAAGAAGAAGAAGAAGAUGGAGAGAAGGAAAGAGAUUGUGAUUUAGCGUUUUAAUUAAAUAUUUUAUAAUAAUAAUGAAAUAAAUUUAUUUUAACUAAUUGGUUGGAGUGUAAGUAUUCCCCUUCCGGACAAGCCCACAGAGCCCAUUUUCUUGCAGACAGCAGUAAAGGCCCAAUGCCGUCGAUUAAGUCGAUUUUUCCUCUCUUAUAAGAGAUGUGGCUUCUCAAAUAUCUUUGGUUGGACUUGGGUUAGAGAGAAAGAUCUUCAUUCGAAAAUAUUAUCGAACUCAGUUGUCCAAUUUGAGCGCAAGGUUCUCUCGUAUGGUCGAUAACCUCAAAAAACCCUCUGCAGUUCUUUUGGGUUUUGUGCAUGAGUGAGAAUGGGGACGAGAGAGGUGUAUGAACAGAAGCUAAGGAGUGGGAAUCUGCAUCAUGAUCCUACCAUGAAACCAGGCCUCGGCACCCCUCGCUGCCCGCGCUGUCUCUCUCUCCUUGACCAUGAUUCGGGAAAGGGUGAAUGGACUAUCACUCCUGUUCUUCAUGACGCCACUGCUGUUGCUGGCUCAGGUAUUGGUGGAAUGCUUAGUGCAAUUCAUGGCUUCAAUACAGGGAUCCCGUACCUUCAGAAUCGCUUAAAAGGACCAAAGUGGCUUCCUUUCUUAGUUGGGCUUCCUCCUCUGCUACUCUUUUCGGGUGCCAGUGCUGCAUUUGGAGGUUAUGCACUUCCAAAGUUUGCUCAACUCACGGUGACUUCGUAUUAUGCCACCUCGAGUGCCUCACAUUACGGGAUUUCGCUUCUUACUCGACAUAUUGAAGAGAUUCAUACUUCCCGCUCUCAGCAAGAAAGACUCGGAUGAUUUCUUGCAGAUUAGAAGUUCCUAUAUGUAGCAAAGCAGGCCCACCUUUGAAGUUGUUGAGGCAUCAUAAAGUAGUCUUAUUCAAGCCACAAAUUUACAUAUGUUGUCCUUGCAGACAGCGUUCAGUUCUGAUCAGUGGGCAUCAUAAAACAUAAAGCAGAAGAGUUAAAACCUGGAAGCAGGCAUGAGUAGAUCGAGUUACUUCAACAAUGGGGGACCUCAAAAAUGUAUGAGGAGGAUUACUUACUGGUACAGUAGGCAGUUGAUAGCUUUUGUGCGGUAGGAUGAAUUAUUGACUGAGGGAGGUUAACCAGGUGAUCAGGCUGUAACCAAAAACAGAGUUGCUGGUGCUGUGGUGCCUGGUGUUAGGUUUAGCUAGGUAUCAGUAUCCUAGAAAUUUGUAAUGGACUGAAAAUUAACUGUUCCCUAUGGUGGUUGUUCAAUUCUUGCAAUGACCGUACACAAAGUGCGAGUUUUGGUAAUGAGAUUGAUCUUGCUAGAAUCAAUGCCUUUUUUUUUA